UAAAACAACACACCGCUUCCCGUCGUCCCCUCCGCAGUUCCCAACCAAGUCAACAACCACUUGAACAGGUCACUCUCUUCAAGGCACCCGGCUUCCCGCAGGUGCAUACUCCAAGAUGCAGUCAGGAAUCUCCGUCUCUCCGGAGCUCCAUAAUGCCUUCAACCGCUUCACCUCCGACUCAUCCCUCUUCUGUCUCCCCGUGACAAUCACCAACGAGAGCCUCGCCCCUCUCUCCCCUAUCCCGUUCUCCGCCCCGAACGCCUUCUACCCAUCCCUCAGUCAAUUGAACUCGGUCCUGGAACCCAAAACCCCCAUCUACCUCCUCCUCCGCCGUCCCGAAGCCGGCUCCUCCUCCCUCAUCGCCCUCACCUACAUCCCGUCCAACGCGGGCGUGCGAGCCAAGACCCUCUUCGCCUCGACGCGGGCGACUCUCGCCCGAGAGCUCGGCACGGAGAAGUUCGCGUCGACGAUCUUCGCCACGGAGGAAGAGGAGGUCGUGGGCGAGGGUGCGUGGAAGGAGCGAGAUGCGGAGAAGAACGGAUCGGGCGCUGGGGGCUUUCAGCGCGAGGAUCUGAUGGGGGAGAAGGAGCGGGAGUUGGAGGCGGUGCGGAGAGCGGAAGAGGAGGCCCGGAAUGGCACGCCGAGUAGGGAUAUUGGUAUCGGGGGUUCGUUUGCCAGGGGUAGUGGUGGGAACAGUCCGUUUGGGGGUGGGAAUCGCGCGUUGCAGAUGCCCGUGGAUGAGGAUGCUAAGGAAGCGUUGAGGUCGCUGCAGCAGGGUGGACUGGUGCAAUUGGUGGGUUUCCUGGGAGAGAAAGACGGUGGCAGACGGGUUCAAGAUUAUUUGAUUAAGAUGGCUAACUUCUAUGGAAUUCCCCCGCAUAGGUCAUUGAUAUCCCCAAGGAGACUUUCCGACUGGGUGGCGCGGGGUCUGGCAUUGACCCCAACGCCGUCCAGGAACAGAUCUCGACCUCGUCACCUCGCUAUACUUUCUACCACUAUCCCGACUCUGAAGCAGUGGUCUUCAUCUAUACCUGUCCGUCCGGAUCGUCGAUCAAGGAGCGCAUGUUGUACGCCAGUUCUCGAUUGUACGCCCUUCAACUCGCCGAGGACCAGGGUCUGAAGAUUUCCAAGAAGGUACGGAAUUCCAUGAUCGGGGCAGAGAUUUGAUUGCAGAGUUUCGCAUAUUAACGAGGAAUCAUUGUAGAUCGAAGCGUCUUCGGCGGAUGAAGUUUCGGGAGAACGGUUGCACGAGGAGGUCAACCCCUCGCAGAAUAACGGGCCUCAGCGAGGAUUCGCGAGACCGAAACGACCCGGCCGGUAAAUCCGUGUCCCAGCGACAGCACAACUCUUUUCUUCUGCAUGAUACAUAGCUCUUCUUUGUGUAGUUUCGCUUCCCCAUUCCAAGACUUCGAUCAGACAUCAGACAUAGACAUCCGACCAGGAUCGUAGAAAGCAAUGCAAGCCAGUCGUCUUAGGCUCCCGAAACCCCAAUCCCCCAAAAAAAACGACCAGCUCGCAUCCGCAUCGCAGAACCAAAACCAAUCAACCCCACCAACAAGGCCAAAAGCCAAGGGUAGGGUCAAGGUCAAUGAUUCCGAAAACUCUUUUUCUGAUAAAACAAAUCCGUCCUCGAACUACCCAAAUUGAUAAUCUUCGGACACCCAUCCCGAUCCUUCUCGAGGCGCGUACACUCGAAGCAAUAGAACGCAUCACUGAUGCCCUCGCCGCCGCACACGAUGCAUUUGUUCUGGUAGUUGCCGAACGAGCACUCGUCGCAGAUGCGGACUAGGGUCGUGGGCCGCACGUAUGAGUCGCAGACGGGACAUUUGCCGUCACAUUUGUCACACAGGCGGCCGAUUGAGAUGCCGGGUUGCUUGCGGCACAUGACGAGGUCGGGGUGAUGGCGGGACAUCUUGCUUUAAUAGAUAUAGGGGGCUGGGAGGAGGAACUGUUGGAUUUGGAGAGGUGGUGGCGCGCGACGAACAGGGAGGGAGAGCUCGAGUCUUGAUCUCGUCGAGGGGAACUGCGCGGUGUCUUCUCUAAUAGUGGAAAUCAAGCAGACAGGAAGGCAAAAAGCAAGAAUAGAGUAAGUAGGAUUGGUAAGCGCUGGCGUUGUCUGCGUCGUAGGUGUAGCGAUUGGAUUAGCAAAGUGGAAGAGAUGGAAGGACGCCGCCGAAGAGAAGAAGAUUCCACGGCUCUUGGCGCCAGAUCGGGAAAUGGUCCGUGCGGGGACUCGUCGAAGUGC